AUGUUCUUUUCAUUUGGGUUCCUGCCCAUAGUCUAUGGUCUACUUCUAUUCACCUUUGUCAAAACAGUCUAUAACCUGUACUUUCAUCCCCUCAGGUCAUACCCAGGGCCAUGGUUAGCACGCGCUUCCCGGUGGUACUAUUCGUACUACCUCAAAAUCGGACGGCUCCCACACAAGACGAAGGAAUGGCAUGAUAAAUAUGGCCGAUGUGUGAGAAUUGCACCAGACGAGCUGUCGUAUAACACCGCAGAAGCAUGGGAGGAUAUUUGUGGACACCGAACGGAAAGUAGGAUGGAUAGCUUUGAAAAAGAUCUAACGUUUUUCCCGCCUUCUCCGAACGGGGUGGAUUCAAUUGUGAUACACCGACGAUUUCGAAGACUACUGUCGCAUCCGAUGUCCGACAAAGCUCUCAGUGCCCAGCAAGAAAUCAUUACUGGUUACGUCGACCAGUUGAUCGAUGAACUCCGAGAGCGAAGUGUCGGCCAUAAAGGGGACAAGAAAGGCGUGGUCGACAUGGUCCGCUGGUUCAACUUCACUUCCUUUGAUAUCCUUGGAGACCUAGCGUUUGGUGAGCCAUUCGGCUGUCUGCGCAGCGGUGUCAUGCACCCCUGGAUAGAGCUCAUCUUUACUGCCAUCAAGUCUGUAAUGGAUAUGCAGAUUAUCCGUCGUGUUCCUGGCGCCUUCCCCUUGAUGAUGGCAAUCGCUGGGAUGUUCCAACAAAGCCAACAUUUGCAGGACCAGUUCAUGUUCUGCCAGAAGAAAGCACGCGAGCGACUUAGUAGAGAAACUACCAGGCCAGACUUCAUGACGUAUAUUCUCCGCGCAACUGAGGAGAAAGGGAUGACCCAGGAUGAGAUCGAGGCAAAUGCACAGAUCUUGAUUAUGGCUGGUAGCGAGACCACUGCAUCAGCGCUGUCUGGUACACUUUUCUAUCUGCUCAAAAGCCCGGAAGUUAUGCAGAAGCUUAGAAAGGAGAUGGAGUGCAAUUUCCAACAGGAAUCUGAUAUAACCAUGCGAUCAACCCAGGGACUGGAGUACCUGAAUGCUGUCAUACAGGAAGCGAUGAGGGUGUACCCUCCUGUUCCUUGCACGUUUCCUCGCACAACACCCCCGGCCGGUGCCAUGGUCUGCGGCCAGUUCGUUCCAGGGGGUUACAUUGUUGGUAUCAAUCAAAUGGCAGCCAUGACUUCUGCGAAGAAUUUCACAGAUCCGACAAAGUUUGUGCCAGAAAGGUGGUUGGGCGAUGAGCGUUAUAUAAGUGAUUGCAAGAAAGCGUAUCAACCAUUCUCAUAUGGACCACGCAACUGUCUCGGAAAGAAUUUGGCGUAUGCGGAAAUGAGACUUGUUCUAACGCGUCUGCUGUGGAACUUUGAUUUGGAGUUGUUGGAGGAGUCGAAGGACUGGCAUGACCGGCAGAAGGUAUGGAUGAUGUGGGAUAAAGGCGAUUUAAACGUUAAGAUCCGGCCACUGCGGCCUUAG